CAAACGAAACUUUCUAUUCAAAAUGGAGUGUUUUGCAUUCUUUAAUUAAUAUAAUUUAAAUGUAUUGGAUCUUAUCUUUCUUCUCACUUAGUCCUUGUGCACGCCAUUUCAAGAUUCUUUUUUUUCCCCCAUUUUCGUGUAAUUAAAGAAUGGAAGAACUGGGGCUGGGGACCGUAUCAUUCAUACGAGUAGCAUGGAUCUUUGCUACUUUGUCAAUUGCUGUAGCCUGUUUUCCAUUGCCUGGGCUUGGUUGGUUUCGGACAGCUCUGUUGGGGAUUAUCAAAAGAGGCAAGAUUUUGCAAUCCAAAUCCAAACUAACUGUGCCUCAAAGAUUCUUCUUUCACUUUUAUGUGGUGGGGGUUUUAUGGACGACAAUCUUGCUUGUUUCUUUAUGGUCUUGUGCAAUAAGAGAACAUGUAUACAAUGUUUGGCUAUCUGAAGCUGUAUUUCUCCUUCUGCUAAUGGAAGUUCAAGUUUUGCGACGCUUCUAUGAGUCAAUCUAUGUUUUUAACUACAGUCCAUCAGCUCGAAUGCACAUCUUAGGUUAUCUUCUGGGCUUAUUAUACUAUGUACUAGCUCCACUAUCCCUAUGCUGUAAUUUUGCACCUCAAGUCUUUGACUUUGUCAGCGGAAGAGUUGGCAUGUCAAGGCCUGGAUUUGAUAAUAUAUGGAUGUUUUUGACUCUUUUCUUGAGGCUUCCAUGUUAUGCGUGGAUAGGUGCUGCUAUUUUCUUUUGGGGUUGGGUACAUCAGCUUCGCUGUCAUCAAAUCCUUGGUUCCUUGCGAGACAAAACCAAAAAGCUGGACGAGUAUGUUAUUCCGAAUGGCGAUUGGUUUGAAUACGUCUCGUCUCCGCACUAUACGGCUGAAAUUGUGAUCUAUGGUGGUCUUGUGAUGGCUAGUGGUGGUUCAGAUUUCUCUUUGUGGUUGCUUUUUGCAUUUGUGGUGGCAAAUCUUGUUUUUGCAGCAAUGGAAACACAAAAAUGGUAUCACCAAAAAUUCGACGAUUACCCUCGUAAUCGAUGUAUUAUUUUCCCCUUUGUUUAUUAGUUAACUUGCGCUUUCUAGAUGCUUGUGUAGUUGUGUAUGUGGUUUGCUCGGACCAUCGAACAUAUUAGUGUCCCUUAUAUAUUCGCUUAAUUAGAGCAUAAUCCACCUAUAAACAUAUAUAUUUUUUAUAAAGUUAUAUUUAUUACUAAUUCUUUUUUUCGGAUGUUA